UUUGUGAAGGAAGCGGUGUGUCGUGUAUAUUGCAAGCAAGAUGGUUGUACUAGCCAGCACGAAAACGAAACAUCUGUCAUCGACCACAACAACCACCUACCGGCAAAAGAGUACUACCAUCAAGAAGCGGUACCGUGAUUCGUAUCGCGUGAUGGGUGGGUUUGAGCAGCGUCCCUGGACACCGACGAAGCGGCGGGGCCCGAUCGCGGCAGAACACCGUGGCCCAGGGCCACAAUAUCUUCUACCACAACUACUCGGUACGAAAGUGGUAGAUUCAAAACGACAAGCCGCACCCGCCUACAGCUUCGGCCAGCGACACAAACCACGUACGGAAUCGUUCAGCCCGGGACCACUGUACAACAUUACCGGGCUCGGUUGCAAAGGGAAGGAUGCACCACCGGCCUACUGUUUGCAGAGUCGUCCGAAGGAGAUACCGAAAUAUCUGACCCCAGCGCCGGGUGAAUACAACAUUGAAAAGGCGGACAAAAUGCUGGUUAAAUCAGCACCGAAGUACACGUUCGGUGUGAAAAAGCCACCGAAUCCGACCAGCCAAACACCAGCUCCCGGAGACUACAAGCCGGAACGUGUAGCGUUAGAUAGUACGCCGAAGUUUUCGUUUGGCAUCAAAACCGAGAGCAAAAUUCGCAACGAGACACCAGCGCCCGGUACCUAUUCGCCGGAGAAAGUAUUGAAAGACAAAUCACCAAAGUAUAGCUUUGGAUUGAAGGUGAUUCCGGAAAAGAUUGAAGAGACACCCGCACCGGGAGCGUAUCAGCCAGAAAAGGCACUAUCGUUGGAUAAGAAACCGGCGUACAGUUUUGGGCUGAAGACGAUCAUUGAGAAGCCUAACAACACUCCAGCUCCUGGAGCUUACGAGCCAGAAAAAGUGAAGAUAAACAACACUCCAUCGUACAGCUUUGGCAUACGGCCUACAAUCGAGAAACCCAACACAAAUCCUGCACCGGGCGCUUACGAGCCGGAAAAGGCCAAAAAGCUGAUCGAUCACUCACCAGCAUUUGCAUUCGGCAUGCGCAUCAAUCAUGACAAACCAAACAACACGCCCGGACCGUCAGCGUACCAGGUGGAGAAGGUGAAUCUAGAUCAUCAACCGGCGUACAGCUUCGGACUGCGCACCAACGUAUCAAAGCCGAAUGUAACGCCCGCACCGGGUGCCUACUGCCCGGAAAAAGCAAACCUAGACUCGACACCGAAGUAUAGUUUUGGCAUCCGACCGACAAUCGACAAACCGGACAAUAUACCCGCUCCUGGAGCGUACUCUCCCGAGAAGGCCAAAGUAGAUAGUAGCCCAGCUUAUAGUUUUGGUGUGCGCUCUAAACCAGAGAAACCAAGUGCCAAUCCUGGUCCGGGUGCGUACGAUGCGGACAAGACGGUGGAUGGGAAUUCACCGGCGUACUCGUUCGGACUACGGCCAGAUGUUAGCAAACCGAACAAUAUUCCCGGUCCAGGAGCAUACAAUGCUGAUCGUGUUGAUCAUGCGACGCCGGCGUAUUCGUUUGGUGUCAAGACAAACACGGAUAAGUUGGAUCGAAUCCCUGGGCCAGGUGCGUAUGAUGCGGACAAGACGAUGGAUAAAUCUUCCCCAGCAUACUCGUUUGGAGUGAAAACGAACGUACAGAGGCCAAGCGUUGUACCCGGACCGGGUGCGUACGAUGCGGAUAAACACGACAAAUCCUCUCCAGCCUACUCGUUCGGUGUGAAAACUAAUGUUGAAAAGCCUAGUGUGAUCCCCGGCCCGGGUGCGUACGAUGCGGAUAAGGUGGUAGACAAGUCAUCACCAGCGUAUUCGUUCGGUGCCAGGACUAAUGUGGAUAAGCCCAGCAUUGUUCCAGGGCCCGGUGCAUACGAUGCAGAUAAAACUAAUGACAAAUCAGCGCCAGCCUAUUCGUUUGGCGUUAAGACGAAUCUGGAGAAACCGAGCGUAGUUCCCGGGCCAGGAGCAUACGAUUCGGACAAGUUGAAUGAUAAAACUACACCAGCGUACUCUUUCGGAGUAAAGCACAACGUAGAGAAACCAAGUGCUAUCCCUGGUCCAGGCGCUUACGAUGCAGACAAGACAAUUGACAAAUCAUCUCCUGCAUACUCCUUCGGAGUUAAGACGAAUCUGGAGAAACCGAGCGUAGUUCCCGGGCCAGGAGCAUACGAUUCGGACAAGUUGAACGAUAAAACUACUCCCGCGUACUCUUUCGGGGUAAAGCACAACGUGGAGAAACCAAGUGCUAUCCCUGGACCAGGCGCAUAUGAUGCGGACAAGACGAUUGACAAAUCGUCUCCUGCUUAUUCCUUUGGAGUUAAGACGAACGUCGAAAAACCAAGCAUUAUUCCCGGUCCCGGAGCAUACGAUGCAGAUAAAGUGAUUGACAAGUCUUCCCCUGCAUACUCAUUCGGAGUCAAGACGAACCUAGAAAAACCGAGCGUAGUUCCUGGCCCAGGAGCUUACGAUGCGGAUAAAGUGAACGACAAAACAACUCCGGCCUAUUCCUUCGGAGUAAAGCCUAAUCUAGAUAAACCGAGCACAAUUCCUGGCCCAGGAGCGUAUGACUCGGAUAAAGUGAUCGACAAGUCUUCCCCAGCAUACUCUUUCGGCGUUAAGACAAACGUAGAGAAACCUAGCGCUAUUCCCGGACCGGGUGCGUACGAUGCAGAUAAAGUGAUCGACAAGUCUUCCCCAGCAUUUACGUUCGGCGUUAAGCCACACAUCGAAAAACCCAAUAUUAUUCCUGGACCGGGUGCAUACGACGCGGAUAAGGUCGUUGAUAAGUGUUGCCCAGCGUACUCGUUUGGUAUUAAGACAAAUGUGGAAAAGCCUAGUAUUAUACCAGGUCCUGGAGCGUACGAUACCGACAAGGUAGUGGAUUCACACACACCGGCAUAUACGUUCGGUGUGAAGCCCCAGACAACGAAGGUUAAUCCUACCCCAGCUCCCGGUGCAUACUCCCCAGAGAAGUAUGUUAUCCAUCAUCCAGCCUUUACGUUCGGUGUGAAGCCACACAUCGAUAAGGUCGAUGUUAUCCCAGCACCUGGUGCAUACAAUCCGGAAGCAGUAAAGUUAGACAACAGCCCGGCCUAUACAUUCGGCGUGAAGUCUGUGGUAGAUAAGGUUGAUAUGACACCGGCACCGGGCACGUAUUCGGUGGAGAAAGUAAAGCUUGAUCAUUCGCCAGCGUAUCCGUUCGGAAUUAAGGUGAACCGAGAGAAGCCGAAUGAUGUACCAGCUCCUGGAGCCUACAACCCAGAUAAAGUGAAGCUGGAUCACUCACCAGCCUACAGUUUUGGCAUUAAGCAUAAAGGUGAAACACUGAGAGAUACACCGGCACCAUCGGCCUACCAACCGGAAAAGUGUAAAACCGACUGUUCCCCCGCGUUCAGCUUCGGCGUGAAGGUAAAUCACGAAACGAUCACUCACGACGGUCCAGUUGUGGUGCUGAGCGAUGAAACGGCAGCUGCUGUUGCUGCUUCGUUGAAAACGUUGAAGAUCAGCAACGGGGCCACGUCUGUUGCUAAUCGUAGCGAAUCGACGAACGUCUCCAACACGACCAGCUCCAGCACGGUACAGAAUGGACACGGUGGAGAAAACUCGUUCACGACCGUCACCACCACGAGAACAUCGGGCGGUUCGAUGAAGGUGGUUCGCGAGCGGAAGACCACUACCGAGGAACGCUCGUCGGCAAGCGUUGAGACGAUCGGGGAAGGAUUGGUCCCGAACUGCAUUGCGGGCGUUAAGCAGCUUGCCAAUGUGCAGCAUCAGCGUAUGGUGUGCACGGGACACUUCAGAGCCUAG